GCCUUAACGCCAGUAGCAUACGGAUUCCCGUGGAGUCACCGCCGCGACUAUUUUCCGGGACAAAGUAGACCUACCGGGCUACCCAGUGGUGAGGCUGCACAGCAGCUUAGUCCAGCAUGCAGCCGCCCCCGAGAAAAGGAAAUUAUGCGAAAUUUCUUAAAAAUGUACACGCGGAACAAGCGGCUAAGCUGCAAGCUAAGAACCAACACGAGUGCGAGCUCCUCGAAGACAUUCGCAACUUCACGAUUAAAAAAUCAGCGAUCGAAAAAUCCUACUCUGAGGCAUUGCUCAAAAUUUCGUCGGCGUAUCUAAACAAAAAAAUUCCAAAUAUACCGGAUCUGAAAGUCGACGGAUCGGACGAGAGAUGGAACGUUUGGAACGUUUGGCGCACCGUAUUAGAGGAAAAUGAAAAACUGGCGAAAGCCCGAUUAGCCGCGGUCGAAGUAUUUCAGCAACAAAUCGCCGACGAUGCCAAGGUCUUGAAGAUGCACAAAGUGCAAGUAGCUAAAAGGGCGAUCGAUCAAUUGAUGAUAGUACAAAAAGAGCUGCAAACGUGCGUACAAGAUGUCGACAAAACGAAGAAAUUGUACUUCGACGAGGAGCACAGCGCGCACGACGUUCGCGACAAGGCGAAAGACAUUGAAGAAAAACUGAAGAGGAAGAAGGGUUCGUUUUUCCAAUCGAUAACAUCACUGCAGAAGAACAGUGCUAAGGUGAGUUCAAAACGUGACGCUUUAGAGGAAAAAUCGACGGGUGCUCGGAACGAUUAUUUGCUCAGCCUCGCCGCUGCCAAUGCUCACCAAAACAGAUAUUACGCAAUAGAUUUGCAAAACACGAUGCAGUAUUUGGAGCAAGGUGUUUACGACAAAGUGACGGAAUACUUGACCCUCAUGGGACGCACAGAGCUCCUCACUUGUUUAGCGACGCAAAACAGUUUUACCAAAAUUCGCGAUCAGGCGCAACAGCUCACGAGGGAAUACAACAUACAAUGCUGCUGUCUCUAUUAUCCGGUGCUGAAGCUUCAUAUACAAUACGAUUUUGAACCCUGCGACAGCGAUCCGGUUGACAGAGUAACCGCCGAUCAUUCAGCAGCAACGACAUUAGGUAAGGAAGCGAGACGAUGGGCAACAAAAAUCGCUCGUGAGGUCAGUUGUGCUCGAGAGAGUUCGCGAAAGCUUCAAGCGUUGCAACAAAUUCGAGAGUCCGGACACAAGACCGAUCCCAACGAUCCGAAUGGGCCUGAUUUGGACAUAAAAAUUGACGAGCUCAAGCAAACGAUACGACGAGCGGAGACUGCCAAAAUGGUUGCCGAGGCCCGAAUCGAGUGCCUCAGACUCGGUGGAGUAAACGUGGACGAAUUCAUGCAAGAGGCCGAGACUCUGAGUGUGCAGGACAUGCCCCGUUCGGCAAGUUCACUCUCCGUUCGAACGGAUGCAUCGGGAGCAGCGGAGCAUCCAUCCUCGGACUCGUUUUACGACAGUGACGGCGACGGCGGAAGCGAUUUGACGACCGUGGAAAGACCCGGAAGCGGAAGAAACAUGUCGCAACAACACGAAGACGAUGUGGACACGGGAGAGAGGGAGAGACACGAUAGCGCCGAAGUUGAUGCGCUACUGGAACAAGAGAAACAACGGAUAGAACAAGUGACCGUGGGCUGGGACGAUCCCACUGCCGUCGAUUGGAGCAACGAGGAUAAGGACGAGAGUACCGAGGGGCAGGAUCCCUCUGCUGUGGCUGCCGAUCAGCAACAAAUAUACAAGUGCACAGCCCUCUAUUCUUAUACGGCACAAAAUCCAGACGAAUUGUCAAUAGUGGAGAGCGAACAGUUGGAAGUGGUGGGCGAGGGAGACGGCGACGGUUGGCUCCGAGCCAGAAAUUAUCGAGGAGAGGAAGGAUUCGUGCCACAGAACUAUCUCGACGUUGAACGAGAAACUGUCGAUGCUAAUGGACUGACUUCCCACGGACACGGCCUGGUCCAGCAGAUAUCGUUUUCAUCGGUCGACUAUACGAUCGACGAUCACGAGGCGGUCGACCCGGACGCGCAUUUGUACGGGGAUACGACAGCCGACGAGGUCAUCACGAAUUCAGCUCCUCCGAGCAUGGCUCCUCCUCCUCCUCCGGCCGCAUCCGAACAGGACGAGAUUACGAAACCGGUGCAAAAUCGUCACGAGGACACGGGCUUGUCGGACGUCGGACAUUUUUAUUGUAUCGCCCUUUACGAUUACGAUGCCACCUGCGACGAGGAAUUGACCUUCCUCGAAGGUGACGUUUUGCGCGUAUUGCGUCAAGAACCCCACGACGUUGACGACGGCUGGUGGGAAGGCGAGCUGCGCGGUCAACGAGGCCUAUUCCCUUCGUUAGUCGUCGAACCCUGCGCCCAGGAUGGCGCUCCGCUCACUCCCCAGGAAAUGAACACUCCACCGAGCUCGGCGCCACCCGUUUUCACGCCUCCGGAUGUUCCGGAGUACGCUCUCGAGGAAGAACUCGCCCAGGCAAUGAUGAAUGUGUCGGGACAGGAAGAUAACGUACUCGUGAACGGUGAGCAGCCGGAAGGCUUUGCCAUCAAACUCACCAAGUUUCAGAAGGAUCAUUACGGCCAACAGUUUGGGGAGAACGAGAAGCCAGAAGCUCCUGGUAUUAUAGUCUUCGAGGUGUCGGACGAGUCCGGCGAGCAGGUAGGUGAAGAGGAGUUAACGAAACCGACAAAGUUGGUCGAGAAGAAAGCAGCUGCCGCGCAGGAAGACGAGUUGGGGCUGGGAGUGGCUCAGAUCGUAAUAACAGCAGCGACACCGAUGGAAGAAAUCGAGCAUCCGUUUCCCGGUGAGGAGGUGGUGAAAGGCGAGACCGGUGGCAAAUCGGCCGAGAAGAAAACCGAGUCCGAGACAAAAACGUCGAGCGCGGAGAACGGCUCGAAAGAGAAAGCUUCGGAGGCUGUAAUCGUCGAGGAAAAAGCAACAACGCGAUCGGAGGAUGCGAAAAGCAGUGUCGAGGAGGUCGAAGAGAAAUCGACCGUCGAUGACUUGCCGGCAGAUUCGGCGCCCUUUCCGAUAAGCAGCAGCUCCGGCAGCGAGGCCGACUCGACUUCCGGUCCGAGCACAGCCGAGAACUCGCAAUCUUUGCCCUCGAGAAACACCGUCAUCGAAAUGCAGCAGGCUCAGGAAGAGCAGCCCGAUAUAAUACCGGAAAAAAUGCUGAUCGGUGGACGGGCCAGUAUACCGGACGAAUUGCAGCCGGAUCAGUUGGAAAAAUUGCAAAAUCUCAAAGAAUCGAACGCCUAGGAUUGACCGGACCUCGGAGAAGUUGAUGAUACGUGCUGCGAACUCGAUUCUCCUGCCUUAAAGAAAAAACUGGCUCUUCCGAAAAAUCAUCAGAACAAGUUUCAGCAUCUGCUCGAAUUUUGGAAAUCUCCUGAGGUUAUCGGGAAUAAAGACUAACGCGGAUUAUUAAAAACCAUUCCUCAUCCCUCAUCCUUUCGUCCUCGCGUCGAUAUUUUUAUGUUGAUAUUAUGUACACAGACGAACAACAAAAGAGACAAACAAACAAACAACCAAACACAAAAGCGGAAAAAACAACCCCUUUUUUCUAGGCGAUAAUCUAGUAUACAUAUAUAUAUAUAUACAUAAACUCAUAUAUAUAUAUAUAUAUAUAUAUAUAUAUCUAUAU